AUUAGUCUGAGGCUCCCGUGGCGGCCUCUCGUGCGAUCAAGGGCGCGCACGGCUGGGAGAGCGACUCGGGGUCCCUGCUGUCGGCACCGGAGUUCGGAAGAGAGUGGGUCGCCGCCGCCCGAGGGCGAGAGCGCGAGCGGAGCGGGAGGAAGGAGCGCUCGCUCGCCCGCCGCCUCGCUGCCUCCCCGGCGCUCGCUCUCCCGGCUCCUAGGUUUGCUGGCUGCUCCUCCCACCCGCGCCCGCCUCCUUGCUCGCUCUCUCGCUCGCUCCAGCCGGUUUCCAAGCCCCGCGGUGCGCCCGGGCGAGUGCUGGGCGAGGGGCCCCGGGGCUAGCGCCGAGCAGGGGGCGGGGGUCCGGGCAGAGCGCAGCCGGCCGGGGAGGGGCCAUGUCUGGCGCGGGCGCAGCGGGGCCCGUCCUGCAGCAAGUGACCGAGCGGCGUGGACGGCCGCCUGCCCCCCUCCGCCACCUGGGGCGGCGCGGGCCCCGGUGCCGGGUGCCCGGAGCCCGGCGCGCGUAGAGCCGGCGCGAUGCACGUGCGCUCGCUGCGCGCGGCGGCGCCCCACAGCUUCGUGGCGCUCUGGGCGCCCCUGUUCCUGCUGCGCUCCGCCCUGGCCGACUUCAGCUUGGACAACGAGGUGCACUCGAGCUUCAUUCACCGGCGCCUCCGCAGCCAGGAGCGGCGGGAGAUGCAGCGCGAGAUCCUCUCUAUCUUGGGCUUGCCCCAUCGCCCGCGCCCCCACCUCCAGGGCAAGCACAACUCGGCGCCCAUGUUCAUGCUGGACCUGUACAAUGCCAUGGCGGUGGAGGAGGGCGGCGGGCCCGACGGGCAGGGCUUCUCCUACCCCUACAAGGCCGUCUUCAGUACCCAGGGCCCCCCUCUGGCCAGCCUGCAAGAUAGCCACUUCCUCACAGACGCCGACAUGGUCAUGAGCUUCGUCAACCUCGUGGAGCACGACAAAGAGUUCUUCCACCCGCGCUACCACCAUCGCGAGUUCCGGUUUGAUCUGUCCAAGAUCCCGGAAGGGGAAGCCGUGACCGCAGCCGAGUUCCGGAUCUACAAGGACUACAUCCGGGAGCGCUUCGACAACGAGACGUUCCGGAUCAGCGUUUACCAGGUGCUGCAGGAGCACUUGGGCAGGGAGUCAGACCUCUUCCUGCUGGACAGCCGCACCCUCUGGGCCUCGGAGGAGGGCUGGCUCGUGUUUGACAUCACCGCCACCAGCAACCACUGGGUGGUCAACCCACGGCACAACCUGGGCCUGCAGCUCUGCGUGGAGACCUUGGACGGGCAGAGCAUCAACCCCAAGUUGGCGGGCCUGAUCGGGAGGCACGGACCCCAGAACAAGCAGCCCUUCAUGGUGGCCUUCUUCAAGGCCACGGAGGUCCACAUUCGCAGCACCCGCUCCACGGGGGGCAAGCAGCGCAGCCAGAACCGCUCUAAGACGUCCAAGAGCCAGGAAGCCCUGCGGGUGGCCAAGGUGGCAGAAAACAGCAACCGCGACCAGAGGCAGGUGUGCAAGAAGCAUGAGCUGUAUGUCAGCUUCCGCGAUCUGGGCUGGCAGGACUGGAUCAUCGCUCCCGAAGGCUAUGCCGCUUACUACUGUGAGGGCGAGUGCUCCUUUCCUCUGAACUCCUACAUGAACGCCACAAACCACGCCAUCGUGCAGACGCUGGUCCACUUCAUCAACCCCGAAACGGUGCCCAAGCCAUGCUGUGCCCCCACUCAGCUCAACGCCAUCUCUGUCCUCUACUUCGACGACAGCUCCAACGUCAUCCUGAAGAAAUACAGAAACAUGGUCGUCCGAGCCUGUGGCUGCCACUAGCGCCUCCUGGAGGUCAGACCCUCCAGCGCCACACUGUUCCGGGAUCCUCGGUCUCCCACUGCCCAGUGCCUGCCGCCGCCCAGCACAGAGACCGCCUUUCCUGAGACCUGCCCCCAUCCCCAACCUUAAGGGCGUAGGAGGAUUAAGGAAUUUGAGAGGCAAAUGCCUUUUGAUCAGGUUUUCAUCGGCCUCCUAUGGACAAGAUCCUACAUGCUGCUGCAGGCAACACCUAAAGGAAAAAAAUAUAUAUAUAUAAAGAAAAAUUGCCCAGCCACGACCAUUGGCUGUGAAGUCUCAGCCGUGCACUGACGCGUUCCCAGGGGUAAUUAGGAGCGCCCUUCAGCCAGGCCACCCAGCAGCGGGAGGAAGGGGGCACGGCAAGGGGUGGGCACGUUUGUGUCUGUGCGCAAGGAAAAUUGACACGGAAGUUCCUGUAAUAAAUGUCAAAAUAAAACGAAUGAAUGAAAA